UCUCUCUUACUGUGCUCAUCAGUUUUUGCUGUGAUGCAUCUUUGGCAAGUGUCAGCAAUAUCAGAAGCUGAACCACUCUCUAAUUUCUGUAUAGUAAAUUUUGGGUUGGUUUAGUUGCAGGUUUUGCUUUUUCCUUUUUUUCUUUCAUGUGAAGUCAAGAAAUGCAGCUUCAUCUAUUCUCUGCCACCCCUCUUUCUCUCUCAGGAAAAGGAAAAGAAGAUGAAAUAAAGAAGAAAAAAGGGUCACCACCUUGCAUAGAGCUGUCUUUAGGCUAUGGAAGUUCAAGCCAUGUUGUUGAGGAAGAUGGAAAAGAUGACAAGUCAUCUAACUCUGUGUUCACAGAAGCUCAGUUUCAAGAACUUCAACUCCAAGCUGUGAUUUUUAAGUAUUUAGUUUCUGGUCUUCCAGUUCCUUUUCAUCUGUUUUUCAUCAUUUGGAAUAGUGUUUCAAGCUCCUUGGGUGACGGUGGAAUCUACAAACUAUAUCCUACCUUGGGACGAUUUGACUAUACGAGCAUGACGGAUCCUGAACCAGGGAGGUGUAGAAGAACUGAUGGGAAGAAAUGGAGGUGCAAAAGGGAUGUGAUUCCAGGUCAGAAGUACUGUGGGCAGCAUGUGCAUCGAGGUCGACGUUCAAGAAAGCCUGUGGAAGCUUCUGAACAUGUUAUGAGAUCAGAUGAUACAAAUAUCAUUUCCAAGAUAACUAAACUGUAUGCCAGUGGUGAUGACCCUGGCAGCAAAUGUGCUCCUGCAAGUAGUAAAACAUCCUGUUUGUCUUCUACUAGCAGAACUAACCAAUACAACAGCAUCGAGGACUCAUCUGCUAAACCAAGAUUCAUCAAUUCUGGCUACGGCAGUGAGAAGCAAGACACCUACAUGAUUUGCAAAAGAAAGGACAUCACAACCUCCGUAAGAACCCCAUCUUUCAUUGCUGGUGACAAUGCUGAUAGUAAGAACAUCGAUUUCAAUCGUAUUAGUCCAAGCAAAACCAACCAAAAACAGAACUGCGGAGAAGCUAGGAAGCAUGGUGCUUUGGUUCCAAUUUUAGGUCUAUCUACAAAGAGUGACCAGCAACACACUAUAGGCUCAGAAUCUGACGAGCAGAGGUGCCGAAGAUCAGAUGGAAAGAAAUGGAGAUGCAGCAAGACUGUUGUUCCUUGUCAAAAGUACUGUGAGACUCACAUGCACAGGGGAGCCAACAGAAAAAGGGUAGCCUCUGUCUCAGUUGUUGUCCCGCCUUCUAAAUCUCCUUCAUACAGGUUUUGCCCACCCGAAAAUGAUGGUACUCGAAGAAACUUGAACACCAGUCUCUCCAUUUACACAAUCCCAGGGCACCAAAACAUUACAGAUGAUGAUUCGAACAGUAACAGUAUUAGUGAUGCCACCACUAUCACCGAUGAAAUACCAGCAUUUGUGUCGCAUUAGAAGAAAAUCACGGAGACUUUGUGUUGUUGGUGUUCUUUUUAGCAAGAUGUGUGAACUUAGUGAGUACUUGAGAAGUGUCCAUGAAGGUGAUUUUGUGGCCAUGUACAAGUCCUUAGCUAGUCUGUAAAUCUAUUAGGAUUGAAAAUUCUGUUUUGUAAUAGGUUUGAUGAGAUGAUAGACAUGUACUUUUUCCUACUAGAUCUCCUGGCUAAUUGAUGACUAUUUUUGUUAUAUACAAGAAACUGCUGCUUAAUGAUUUUAAUCAAAAAAAAGUUAAAAGGAA